GAUUGGGAGAAGAUAGCUGUAGAGUACAACCCCACACCGAUUCUUACACUUACACCUUCGCUUAUACAUUACUUUGGGACUUUCUACAUUUAUUAAGCGAAGCAUCUUCGGCUGAUUUGCGUUUUGAAUACGCUGAGUGGUUAAAAAAUAAUAAUUAUUUAAACAAAUUAUUGGUACAUUUAUUUAAAUUAAUGCCCGGGGAAGUUUUAUUUUAUGUGCCUUCAGAAUCGAAAAUUAAGCCGUAUUCGGAUUAUUUUAGAAGCAAAUUUGAGUUAUCAAUGUUCGAACCAACAAGUAGUUCAACUUUAGAAAGAAUCGUUUGUUGGGUCUUUUUUAUGUCCAUGUCGCAAUUACCAGCUUUCGUACGCCAAUGGUGGACUGAUUUAGAAUCGAGAAGUAGUCAAAUCGUUGAAAGGGUUACAUCUGCAUAUGUUUCACCUCAAUUGUGUAAUGAGGAAUUAGAGGAUGUUGCGCAACAUGAAACUAAAUUCAAAAAUAUGGUGAUAAAAAUUCAUCCAACUGUACGAGAAGUUGUAGCAAUUUACACUGUUGAUGAUAUUCAAAUGGAUUUGGUGAUAACUUUACCGGUUAAUUACCCUUUGGUGGGGCCUGAUGUUCAAUGUAACAAACAAAUUGCGGGGUCUUCUCAUAAAAAUUGGUUAAUGCAACUCAAAAAAUGUUUGAGAUAUCAGAAUGGAAGAAUUUGGGAUGGAUUAUCAUUAUGGAAUACCAGUUUAAACAAGAAAUUCGAUGGUGUUGAAGAAUGUUAUAUAUGUUUUGCGGUUCUUCAUCAAGGAACCUAUCAAUUACCAAAGUUAUCCUGUCAAACUUGUAGAAAAAAGUUCCAUUCGGCUUGUUUGUACAAAUGGUUUAGUACCAGUAACAAGAGUACAUGUCCAAUUUGCAGAAAUUUAUUCUAAAAAAAAUAAAUAGGAAAUGGGGGUAUUUAUAUAAUUAUUAUUUCAUUAUAUUUGUGAUCUUCAAGUUUAGCGUGAUGAUGAGUUGUUACAUAUUUUGUCAAAAUUUUAGAGAAAGUAUUUUUAUUCAUGCUAAAUCUAGAUCAUGAAUGUCAUAUUUUUAUUUUGUCUUGUUUUGAAACAACGUUUUUUUUUGUGUAUAUACUUUAC